GCUCACAUCGACUCAUGUGAGUACACCGUGAUAAAAUGUGUUCAUACUCCAUGUAAAGCUAAAAUCAAACGUUCACUCUUGGGAGAACAUUUAAAGGAAGAAUGUCUAUAUCGAUCAGUCCAGUGUGAAAAUUGUCAAGAAGCGCUGCCUUUUGCUUCUGUGGAGGUAUGUUCACACACGUCAAGUUAUUUUGGGGAUUAGAGAUAUGAAACACUUCUGUUCUUUUAACCUUUGUUAACGCCCUCUAAUCUCUAUAUUAUCAUUUAACUUUUCUGCUUUAAUAUAACGCCAGACUAUUGUACUCUGAUAUUAUCAAAUAAGAUUCCAGGUAUUUUUGCAAGCUGAUCCUUACAUAAGCCUGCUACUAUACCGUAUGGGUCGAGAGGAGGGCUUGUAACUUGAUGGGUAUCUGUAUACCGACUUGAUUUCUUUUAAAACACAUAACUAGAGUUUGGUUGGUUCUCUUUCUAUCGGAGCUACUCCUUGACAAGACAUGCGUCGUAUACAGAGGGCCAGAGGCGUCCCAGUAAGCCUUUUAAGGCUUAAAACUCCUUGGUCACAUCUGAGCUGUGCCCUUUGCAAUCAGCUCUCAACUGCAACACCUCCCCUCUACCUCGGACCAUGGUGGACCAUGGAACCAUUGGUUCCUGGAAAAUUUUGAAGUCUGCAUGUGGAAAAAAAAUUGGAAAAAUCUGAAUAUUAUUAUAUUAUUAUCAUUUUCUAUUUUAUACAAUUGUUUAUGCUCAUUUUUCUAUAUAGAAACAUAUAAAAGAAAACUGUCAGGCAGCUCCUCUCACGUGUGAAUAUUGUCAGUUAACGAAUAUACCUCGAAAGGAAAUGAGAAGGCAUCAGACUGAGGAAUGUGAAGAAAUCGACGUGGAAUGUGAUUUUAAAUCAAUUGGCUGCGACUAUACUAAG